CAAAUAUUUUGUUGUCUUUUUGCUUAAAUCAAUCAUGUAAAUUUUCAAUUGAACAUUUAUAGUACCUUCUUUUUGCUAUUCAUAAUUUAUAACACCCAAAUCUCUUAUCAACAAUAGAUAGUGUUACUAGGCUUGAAUCGGUGCCAAAGAAGCAAAAGGUCGAGGAAGGCAGUGGCGGCAGCGGCGACGAGGUCGCCGAUGGUGAUGGUAUAACGGCGGUGGUGAAAAAAUAUUUCAGUUCGGAUCGAAAGAACCUAGAAAAUCCCCAAGUCAAGCUCCACACCGCUCUUCUAUCUUCUUCCCCUUCUUCUUUCAUAGCACGAAAAUCCCCAAUUAUUCUUGAUUGCGAGGUCCAUAGCUGCGAGCUUUGCUGAUAGAUUCAGUCUAUGUGAGAUGAGAACCUAGAAAUCCGAAGUAGCAGAAGACGAUGAAGGUAACUUUUCAAUUUUGGAGCUCAGUGCCUUUUCAAUUUAGGAGCUCAGCGUGUCGCUAUUUCUUCAUCUCCCUUUCUUUAUCAACAAGGUUUUUUUUAUCACCUUUCAGCGGCGGGUAUCUGUUCACAGCUAGAAAGGCCGUCAAAUUCCAGCACGAAGCCAGUAAUCUUAAGACCCAUGGUUUCGAUUGUGGAUCCGCAGGAGAGGACACACGCCUGGCCAACGAGAUCAAUCGACGGGAACCAGAUCAUUAAGCAUGAUGGUUUAAGUUCGUAUGCUCAGAAAAUUGAUUUUUCGGGGGAGAUUCAUGAUACAUCGACCACCUCCCAACCUCAGAUGAGCUCUGAUUCUUGGUUUCUCUCCUUUCAUGAUUAUGCUCUUGAAGAAACCGCCGGAGCUCAGAGCACGCAGAUGCCAGUUUUGUGUGGUUCCGAAAGGAUCAUGUCACCUAGAUUUGCUAUCUUUUAUUGUAAGGGAAAAGCCACCAAGACGAUUGGUUGCCUGGAUGCCAAUUUGUGAUUCACUGGUGAGCUUUUUCGCAGUGGUUAAUGCAGCUUUGGUAGGUCUCAAAUAUCAACGAUCACAUUUGUUUUACUCGUUUGUUUUCUGAUUUUUAUUCUUCUGCUAGAAACUUGUGUUGAAGAUCGGCAUCCGCAAUUACAUGGAGUAGAAACCUUUGAUGCCUUUACUCUAAACUUUCUGGUUCCGCCUAUGUUUUGUUUCCAAAUUCUAAUAAUUUUAUUGUCCUGUACUUUAACAAUUUGCUUGGAUCACGGUGUAUAUGAUUUAUGGGAAGCUUACAGUGAUGAUGGGUUCUAAUCCAAUUUAGUGGAAACUUAAUGUUAUUUCUCAUCUAUUUAUAAUCCUUAGUGUUGUCUGUCUCUUCUUAAUCAUUUGAUUCGUGCUUUGCUGUGCAAAAUAGCAGAAGUUUUGUAAUAAAAUUGGUCAACUAUGACCAAUCAAUCUUUCUGAAUUGUAGAAGUCCAGUGCUUUGAGGGGCCUAUUUAUUCCUUCUGCUUAAUGUUGCAUCCCUGGGCACCCCAUCUUGAAAUUAUUUAUUAACGAUUUUUUUCAGUUCCUGUGGCUUAGUGAUGUAUAGUAUCAAGUUUAUCCUUCUGAAUAAAUCCAUCUCUUUUGCUUUUCCCUUAGGUCUUUGUUAAUAGUCAUUCAAUUAUUAUGAUUGGUCUGCUUACAGUUUGACGACAUAUUGUGUCUCUCAUGAAACAUUCUGUUGUAAUGUGUGAUUAGCUGCUUGCCCAAUAGUACUUUCCAAGUCUCUUUCAUUGUCAACAAGUUCGCAUCUAGCAAAUACAUUUAUUUCUCCCCUUUUUUUGUUAUAGCCAUCUACGAAGAGAAAAUGUGGCCACCCGAUGGUUCUAUUGUAUAUCGGAACUUCCACAAGAUCAAGUAGUGUUAAUGUGAGCAUGUUAGUUUGUUACCUAAUUGAGGACAUGUAAACUCAUGGAGUUCUAUAUUAUUUCGUACUGUGUUAUUCCUUAAUAAGAUGUUAACCCUUAG